CCGCUCUGCGGGCGUGUCGCGGUGACGUCACCGCCCGCUCCGCCGCAGCCCCGCGCAGCCGCGCCACACGGAGCCGCCGCCGGCACCUGCGCUCCGGCCCGGCCGCCGCCGCCAUGCCCUCGGACCGGCCCUUCAAGCAACGCCGCACCUUCGCGGAUCGUUGUAAAGAAGUACAGCAGAUCCGAGAGCAGCAUCCAAACAAAAUCCCGGUCAUCAUUGAACGCUAUAAAGGGGAGAAACAGCUGCCAGUGCUGGACAAGACCAAGUUCCUUGUCCCGGACCAUGUCAACAUGAGUGAAUUGGUCAAAAUAAUCCGGCGCCGCUUGCAGCUGAAUCCCACCCAGGCUUUCUUCCUGCUGGUGAACCAGCACAGCAUGGUGAGCGUGUCUACUCCCAUCUCAGAGAUCUACGAGCAGGAGAAGGAUGAGGAUGGCUUCCUCUACAUGGUGUACGCUUCCCAGGAGACCUUUGGCUACUGAGGCCUGCCGAGAGGUGGCAUGUGGAGACAGAUUAACUGUGGCACACGUGCUCCCAGCCCUGGGAGACAACAACCGGCGGCUCAUGAGAAGGGGACUGUGCUGACUCCCUAUCUCUCCCUCCCUCCUCUUCCCAUCGCCCUUUCACCAAAGAGGCUCAUGGCGUGUGGUGGACUCGCACAACCCUUCACCUCUGUGUAGAUUAGCCCCGCUCCAUCCACGCACUUGUGUGCACAUAUACAUACAGACACCCAGGCGCACACAUCGGGCCUCGACUUCCCGUCCCGUCCCCUUGGCGUAACCUCCUGCUGCUCUCGCUGUGCUGUGUGUGUGUGCGCGUGCGUGUUCCUAGCCUACUGCCAAAACAGUUUGGCUGGUGGUGGAGAGAGGACAGGACACUGUCACCUUCACUUUCAGCACAAGGAGAGCUGCCUCCUCCUUCCAGACACUAAUAAAGGGCAGAAAGUCUGCAAAAACAACAAAUGUAAUCAUUGCUCCUGAGUUUUAAUUGAUUUUAAUUACACCCAUAUCGGAUUCUUGGUGCUACUGAGUAGAUGUAGGCGUCUCUGUAUGACUGUGGAUAAUGUAUAUCCUUUAGAUUUGUUUUAUUGGUUUGUGUUUUUUGUUUGGUUUUGUUUUUGAGGGACAGGUUGGAAUGGGGAAGAGGAAUCUUUCCUGUAUUCUGUAGGGCGGUCAAUCAAGCUUUGUUGCACUUUAAGGCAUAGUAGAUGUCAGAGUGGAAUUUGCUUUUAAUUUAUACAAGUUUGCCAUAUAUAGUGCUGCUCCUCUGAUGACAGUUGUACCCAGAUUGUCUUUCUUUUUUUUAAAAUAAAACUUAUUUCCCUUC